AUGGAAGGCACGUUUUUCCCAGAAUGCCGAGCUCAGGAGCUGUUUGAUGAAUUUGUGUCGGCGUCGACCUGCAGGGCGGCGCUGCGGUCCUUCAGCCAGCUGUGUGAACAUCUGCAGCUGGACCAGAGCUCCGCUGAGAGACCGCUGUACCAAGCCAUCAAACGCCGCCUCAACUACUGGAGGGCCAACGGUCUGUGGACCAAACUGGACCGAAGGGCCACUCAGCAGGAGUACCUGAGGGCCCGGGUGUGCAACAACACCACGUGUGUGGUUAUUGGGGCAGGGCCCUGUGGUCUAAGGACGGCGGUGGAGCUGAGCUUCAUGGGAGCUCGGGUGGUGCUACUGGAGAAGAGAGACUCGUUCUCUAGGAACAACGUGCUCCACCUGUGGCCCUUCACCAUCCACGACCUGCGGGGCCUCGGGGCUAAAAAGUUCUACGGAAAGUUCUGCGCUGGCUCCAUCGACCACAUCAGUAUUCGUCAGCUGCAGCUGGUCCUGCUGAAGGUCGCUUUACUGCUGGGGGUGGAAGUCCAUGUCAACGUGGAGUUUAAGAAGCUGGUGGAGCCUCCUGAGGACCAGAGCAGACACAAGGUGGGCUGGAGGAUGGAGGUGAGUCCAAAGUCUCAUCCUGUCAAUCAGCUGGAGUUUGAUGUCAUCAUUGGAGCAGACGGACGCAGGAACACGCUGCCAGGUUUCAGGCGUAAAGAGUUCAGAGGGAAACUGGCCAUCGCCAUCACAGCAAACUUUAAAAACAGAAACACCACAGCUGAGGCCAAAGUGGAGGAGAUCAGCGGCGUGGCCUUCAUCUUCAACCAGAGGUUCUUCCAGGAGCUACGACAGGAAACUGGGAUUGACCUGGAGAACAUCGUCUACUAUAAAGACGACACACACUACUUUGUGAUGACGGCAAAGAAACGGAGUUUGUUGGAGAAAGGAGUCAUUCUCCAGGACUUCGCAGACACUGAGCAGCUCCUCUCUCGAGGGAACAUAGACCAGAAUGCAUUGCAGGUGUACGCCCGUGAGGCCGCCGACUUCUCCACCAAUCACAAGCUGCCGUGUUUGGACUUUGCAAUGAACCACUAUGGUCAGCCGGACGUCGCCAUGUUCGACUUCACCUGCAUGUACGCGUCGGAGAACGCUGCCAUGGUCCACCAACGCCACGGACACCAGCUGCUCGUCACACUGGUGGGAGACAGCCUGCUGGAGCCCUUCUGGCCGAUGGGAACCGGAGUGGCCCGGGGCUUUUUGGCUGCUCUGGAUUCAGCCUGGAUGAUCAGGAGCUGGGCUCGGGGAGGAGCUCCUCUGGACGUCCUGGCUGAGAGAGAGAGUGUGUACCGUCUCCUCCCUCAGACGACUCCAGAGAACAUGCAGAAGAACAUCAGUUUGUUCUCUGUGGAUCCAGCAACACGAUACGUCAACAUCAACCCUCUGACCAUCACACCUGCUCAGGUGAGACACCUGGUGGACACAGGAGAGGAGGCGGGGUUAAAUACAAAUGGUGGUGACAUCAUCCGCCUGCCUUCAUCCAGAUUCCUCAGGGAGGAGUCCUUCGCUCGGUCCAAUCAGUUGCUGACUUGGUGUCAGGAACAGACACGUGGCUACCGUGGUGUUGCCAUCGACGACCUGACUACUUCCUGGAAGAGUGGUCUGGCUCUGUGUGCUCUCAUCCAUCGAUACCGACCCGAUCUCAUAGACUUUGACUCUUUGGACGAGUCGUCGGUGGAGGAAAACACUCGUCUGUGUUUUGAUUUGGCUGAACGAGAGUUUGGGAUUUCUCCUCUGAUGACGGUGGAAGAAAUGUGGUCGGUAGCAGAGCCCGACUCUCUUUCCAUGGUGAUGUACCUGAGUCAGUUCUACCAGCUGCUCAAAGACUCGCCGCCCCCUGCUGGUUGUUUGUGUCGGAGCUCUGACCUGAGAUCAGCUCUCCUUGCUCCGGUGUCCCUCCUCAGCAGACUGGGACACAGUCCAUCCAGGAGAAAGAACCCAAAGGAGCACAGAGACGCUGCAGGUAAAAGGAGGAAGACCAGUGGACACAGUGAAGAGCAGCAGGAGUCAUGUGAUCUGAACGGUGACACCAACAGCCAGGUGUGUGACGAGGCGUUUGUGGGUGGGUCCAGUGGAUCCAGGGUUCGUCUGAUGGCCAAUCAGCUGCAGGCGAGGCUGGACAAGAGCUCGUCUUCCUGCAGGAUGUAUCCUUCUUCUUCUUCUUCUUCUUCUGCUGCUGCUCAGAAAAAACGAACUCUUCAACAGGAACAGAUGAGUUUUCGAUUCAAAGAGAAGAUCAAGUCUCAGAGUGUCCUCAGUGGGGACGAGCAGUUUGCAGUGGGCUGCAGUGACGUCUGCUGCUUCUGUAAGCAGAGGGUUUAUGUGAUGGAGCGUCUGAGUGCUGAGGGGAUGUUCUUCCAUCGCAGCUGUUUCCAGUGUGAUUUGUGCAGCAGCUCGCUCAGACUGUCUGCGUACGCCUACGACCAACACAACGGGAGGUUUUACUGUCUUCAGCACUACAACUGUCGCCUGAACACUCUGGCUGUGAGGAAGAGACUGACGCCGUCUGACAGAGCUGCUUCACACCGAGCAUCAAUAGCGUCUCUGGCUUCAGCUCCCUCCCUGUCCUCCGCUGACUCUCUGAUCUCAACUGACCGUCGUCGCUCAUCAGUGGCUUCUGUGAUGGCGGCGACGCCUGAGAGGAUCGAGCUUGAAAACUACCGACGGAGCUCAACCAAGGCAGAGAUGGAGCUGCAGGAGGAGCCUGAGGAGGUCUCAGAGGAGACCCUGACCCGGUUCAACCUGAGCCUGGACCCGAAACACAACCACAAGUCCAGUUCAGAAUCUGAGAUGGAGGAGGACGAGGCUAGAGGAGGAGGAGGAGGCCGGCAACUUGUGACCUCAGAGGAGGCCAGAGCUUCAUGGAGACCAACCAUGCAGCUCCACCUCCACCUGAGAGACGAGGAGGAGGAGGACGACGAUGAUGAAGAGGAGGGACGUGGUGAAGUGGAGACCAAUGACGAGGAGGAGUCUUUUUCUCCAUUUGCUCAGAGUCCCUCCUCAGCAGCAGGAAGUGACAUCAGCAUUAACACAACUGUAGAGCCUGACUCCACCUGCAACCUGCUGCCCUUCAUCACCUCCUCUACAACUUCAUCUGUGACCCCAACCCCCAGCACCACGCUCCCCACUGCCUCCAUCUCCAUACCUGACUCCACCCACAAAAACCCACAGCUCACACCUGCUGUCGUCAUAGUAACAGUCACUCAGAGACAAGCCCCCCAACAACCUGGUGGGCGGGGCUCCUUUGAUAACAUAAACCCUGAACUGCCUUCGAAGAAGCUCCUCCUUCAGGAGAGUGGGGCGGAGUCUGUGAAGGAUAGGUGGGACUUAAAUGAAGAGGAGCCAGCAUGGGUGAGGAGGAGGAGACAUAGAGGAGUGCGCAGCCUCUCCCCUCACCUCCUCCCCCCUCUGCAGGGUGGGGGUGGGCCUCUCCUUGACCAGCUGAAGGGGCUUAGGGAGGCUCUGCCCCCUGGGCAGGUGGAGGUGGAAGGAGGUGGGGCCAGAGGUCUGUGGAGGGCAGUCUUCUCUGGAAACAGGAAGAUGGAGAAGAGGAGGGGCGGGACUUUACCUCCAGAGACAGUGAAGAAGGAAAAAGCCAAUCAGAGGAGAGCUACAGGUGUGAGAGGAGGUCUGAAUCUGACAGAGGAGUCUGAUCUGGACUCAUCCACUCUGCUGCAGAGGUUUUCACUGAAACCCAGAAACAACCUGCGUUUGGAGCUGCUUGAUCUCACGUCUGAAAUUCAGAGAGUCACAGUGAAGGAAGAGGAGGAGAAGCAGGAGCCUGUGUAUGUUCCUCACGCUCUGGCUUUUAAACGAUCCUACGCCAUCAAGAAACACUCUGUGAAAGACAGAGUCUCCCUUCAGGACUCUGACGGACGGUCCUCUUGUCCCACGGAGGUUUUGGGGGUCCUAGUCCAGCCGAAGGAGCUGUCCAGUCUGAGUGUGACGGAGACCAUGUUCCAAAGGAGUCGAGAGGACGAAGAGGAAGACCUGGAUGCAAAAAUCACACGACGAGUUCAGAGAGCCGCUCGAAGACAGGCCAAACAGGAACAGCUGAAAAGACUCCACAAGGCUCAGAUGAUCCAGAGGAAGCUGCAGCAGGUGGAGGAGACACAGAGGCAGCUGGAGGAGAGAGGAGUGAUGGUGGAGAAAGCUCUCAGAGGAGAAGCUGAUUACUGGGGAGACUCUAACGACAGUCAGGACAUCGACCUUCACCUGGGAGGACUGGGUAAACUGGACAACCCAGCUUUGAUGCAGCAGUGGUUCCAGCUGGUUCAGCAGAAGAACUCUCUGGUUCGAUACGAAUCUGAACUGAUGAUAUUUGCUCGAGAGCUGGAGCUGGAGGACAGACAGAGUCGGCUGCAGCAGGAGCUCAGGGAGCGGAUGGCCGUCGAUGACCACCUGAAGGAGGACUGGCAGCUGCUGGAGGAGCGUUUGAUCCUGGAGGAGAUGUUAGAGGUGGUGGAGCAGAGAGACUCUCUGGUGUCUCUGCUGGAGGAACAGAGGCUGCAGGAGCGACAGGAAGACCAGGACCUGGAGGAGGUCAUGGCGACCCGGGGACUGGGACUCAGCUGGAUAUGAAACUGGUCUCACUGGUCUCUCUCAACAGUAACUGAACUGAACCGAACCAUCAGAUGAACCUGAGGUGAAAUCCAGAGCAGCGACUGCGACUAACGUCAACAACAAUUUUCAUUUUUACCACGAACAGAAACCAGAGGCUUCGACCACCAGGGGGCGCUGGCAAGUUACAUCCGGCUACGUUCUGGUGUACCGUUCACUGUCUGUGAUGACAGGUGAGACUGGUGAGUGGCUCCGGUCUCACUGUGGACACGGAGACAGUUUGAGCUUCAGAGGGACACGUUUGUAUUGUGCCAACGCC